UGCAAGCAAUACUUGGUGAUCUAGGGACCCUAAACACAUAACCUUACUUUUUUGUUUGUGGCUGGUUUGUAAUCAAUUUACAUUUCGAGCUCCUCAAGAACUAUUUUAUAGAUAAUUCGUGGGUUCGAAUUACCAUGCCGCCAACGAUACAGAACGGCGCUAAUACCGCUGAAAAGCGGCCGGUGAAACCCGCAGAACGAAGAUCUGAGUUGGCCAUAAAAGUGAAAUACUGCAAUACUUUACCUGAUAUUCCGUUUGACUUAAAGUUUAUCUCAUAUCCUUUUGAAUCAACCAGGUUCAUCCAAUAUAAUCCAACAUCCUUGGAAAGAAAUUAUCGCUAUGAAAUCUUAACUGAACAUGACCUUGGUGUACAUAUUGACUUAAUCAACAAAGAUAUCUAUGCUUGUGAGGUGGGUGCCACUUUAGAUCCAGCAGAUGAAAAAUUACUGGAAGAAGAUGUUCUUGCACCACAAGACUCCAAAAGAUCCAGACAUCAUGCCAGAUCUGUGUCUUGGCUUAGAAGGACAGAAUAUAUCUCUACUGAACAGACGCGCUUCCAGCCUCAAACUAUGGACAAAGUGGAAGCUAAAGUUGGUUACAGUAUCAAAAAGAACCUCAAGAAUGAGACACUUUAUAUGGACAGGGAUUCACAGAUUAAAGCUAUUGAGAAAACAUUUGAAGACUGCAAGAUUCCCAUUGAGAAACACUACAGCAAACCAAAUGUGGUGCCUAUUGAAGUAAUGGAUGUCUUCCCCGACUUUAAACUGUGGAAAUAUCCAUGUGCCCAGGUUAUUUUCGAUUCGGAUCCAGCUCCGGUUGGCAAGCAAGUACCCGCACAAAUUGAAGAAAUGUCUCAGGCGAUGAUUCGUGGUGUGAUGGAUGAAAGCGGCGAGCAAUUUGUUGCUUACUUCUUACCAACAGAGGAGACCUUGGAGAAGAGGCGGUAUGACGCAGCUAAUAAUGUAGAGUAUGAAGAUGAACAAGAAUAUGAGUAUAAGAUGGCUCGCGAGUACAACUGGAACGUGAAGAGUAAAGCCAGCAAGGGUUACGAAGAAAACUAUUACCUGGUAGUGCGUGACGACGCUGUCUAUUACAAUGAACUUGAAACACGCGUGCGAUUGAGUAAGAGACGACAGAAACUCGGCGAAACGCCAAGACACAACACAACUAACACCAGACUGGUGGUGCAGCAUCGUACGAUGGAGCCACAGGAGUUCCGUAUGCAACGCUACAGGGAGAAGCAGCUUGAACCGCCCGGUGAAGAUGAUGAAGAGUUAGACUUAGGUGCGGAAGAAGAUGCUCAGAUAAAUGCACAGGACGAUGAAAGCGGUGGUGAAUCGGAGAGCGCAAAAGAUAAGUCACAAUCAGACAAUGAGAGUGACGGAGAACGAUCUCGGGCGUCGUCUAGGUCUUCAGGCAGAUCACGCUCUAAAUCCCGUUCUCGCUCUAGGUCUAAGUCUGGAUCCAGGUCCAGGUCGCAAUCCCGCUCACGUUCUAGGUCGAAAUCUGGCUCCAAGUCGCGAUCUGUUUCGAGGUCCAGAUCUCGGUCAAAGUCUGGUAGCAGGUCGCGUUCUGGGUCCAGAUCGCGUUCCCAUUCGAAGUCAAGAUCACGUUCAGGAUCGAGAUCGCAAUCGAGGUCUAGAUCCAGAUCUGUGUCUCGGUCGAGAUCACGUUCAAAAUCUGGAAGCAGAUCAAGGUCUAGAUCGCGUUCUCGUUCAGGAUCACGAUCUGGGUCUGGCUCUGGUUCUGACAGUGAUUAGAGUAUUUUGCUACUUAAAAUAGUUUAUAACUGUUAACCAUUGUAUCUAAGUAAACGCUGACUUAAAAGUAAUCAAUAUCACUUAAACAAGAUUUUAAAUUUUCAUUAUUCUUAAGGAACUGUUUAGUACCAGCAAACAUUACUAUUUUUUCCGAAUAUCCUCUGCUAAUGAUGUAAUAUUCGCUUUCUCUACGUCAUUUUAUAGGUAAGGAGACCUCGUACCGUUUCCUUAUAAUUUUUCAUCUCCUAAAUGCCAAGGAAGUACUUCAAAACGCAGAAAGAAUCAAUAUGAUAAUUUGCUUUCAAUAUUUUACUUCUUUUGUCAAAAAUGUCCUAAUGUGUUUUUAUUGUGGUUGAAGGGCAGGGUCGAUAUUUUUCCUGAAAAUUUAUUUUGCCUGGUCCGGUACGAACUUUUUUUAAAUUAAUUUUAGUCAAAACCUUCAAGAAAGUUAAAAAUUGAUAUUAUAAAAUCCUGAUGACUGAAUCAAGAUUCUACCCACAUAUUAUAAUCAGAUUAUAAUUAAUUAUUAAUUCUCGUCCUGACAUCCUCGAUACUGCAAUUCAAACUUUAAUAACUCUUAAAACAAAAAAGAUAAAGGAAAAUUUUACUAAGAUAAUUGAUGUGUAUCUAUAUUAUCUUUUGUAAUCAACGAUAAAAUUAUCAACUUUUAUUUUUUAACCCGAAAGUCAUAUUUAUUGGCGGAGGCGCCUGGCAUUUUAGUGUGUGGUUUUACUAAUUAUUUAAAGCUGAUAAUACUAAUGUAUAGAGUGGCUUUCAAUUUCCUUCUUGGCUAAACUUUUUACUUAAUAGCUUUUAUGCUUAGCUGAGUAGCUCUGUCUUUUAGUGAAACGUGUACCUCCGGCUAUACUUGGUUAUUAAUUAGCUCAGAAACUAAUAAAGGUACACAAAAACAAAUAACGGUUUUGUAUUCAGCAAAGAAUUCUACAUACAAUAAUAUUUUCAAAUUUUCAAAUAGAAAGUGUGUAAGACAAAUUUUCCGACCCGAUUAUCUCGGAAAAUUAUAAAGUUGGAAAAUAAUUUUCUUCAAUUUCUUCAUGUCAUGAUAUGGAUCUAUAAAAUGGCAGAUUUAGUUUUUUCAUUUUUAAAAGUUGAUUAAAAACUGCUGAAAAUCAUCAAGAGGUUACACUUGACUCUUUCUAGGCUCAAAAAUUAUUUUUUACGGUAGAAGAAAAUGGAAAACGCCAAUCGAUAGAGAAUUACAAGGCAAUUAAAGAUAUCUAAUGAGUUUUUUGAUAACACGAUUUUUUCAAAAAUAACUAGUGAAAAUCUAAACUGACCAAAUUAGACCACCUCUCCGAUUUUCACGAAACUUUCAAACUAGAUGUGGAAUGAUGCAAGGAAUCCAUAAAUCUUGGUUUGGUUUUGAUGACGCAAUUUGUUUUCAAGUUAUUGGCCAUUUUCAUUUAUUACAUAAUUGUAGAAAAAUUAAUAUUUUUAAAUGUUAAUUGAUGUAAAAUUUUGUCCUAAAUACGAAUCUGAAAACCAUUUUUCUUUAAAUUCAGUGGUUUUCAAGAAAAGUGCAAUAAACUGGAUUUUGAAUUUUCUCUAUGAUUUCUUACGUCAAAAAUUAAAAUUGAAAUUGUAAGCUUUUUAUUACAAAAUAUUGAAAGCAUGUGUCUAUAUGAUUACUUUAUUUUAGUAACAUAUUCUUGUCAGACUAAUUUUGUGUUUUUACUAAGUUUUAGAUAUUAGUAUAGACAUUACAGCGCACCAAACUUUCUUUUUGAUAAAACAAAUGUGGAUCUUGAAAGGUAUUUACAUGUAAACACAAACAACAAGAAAAUCACAGAAUCUUAAAACGUAAUAAUUCUUUCUCUAAACACAUAAUUAAAUAACAAUAAAAGAAACACAAUAGUCUUGUAAUAAAAUGCUAAUUUGACGACUUAUAUGUAGAGCGCCCUUAAUGCGACUUUGAAGAUAAUAAUGUAAAUUACGCAAUAUGGAAAUGAGCUGCAUACGUGACUAGGCUAGGCAAAAACGGUUUACGUAAUUCAAAACCAUAAAAUACCAAACUGAUGAUAACAAUCACAUAACAGCCAUAACACAGCACACAAAUAUUUUCAACACUCUCAUAUCUCGUACGUAAAUAUUGAAUGCAAAUAUUAUGUAAGCAAGCUUUGAUUUUUUUAUCACUCCCUAAUUCAUGUUGUGAGUUCAAAACAAUUAUCUUGUUAAGUUCUAUUUAUUCAUCGACAAGUGCUCGUUACACCAAGUUGUAGUCAAGUUGGCGUUGUACAGAAAAAAUGGCGGGGAAAGAUAAUCUCACAGCAGUCCUUUAUGGUAUCAAUGAUAUCAGACUGG